UGUUUGACAGAUUGCAGUGCAGUAGUGUACACAGUGAACGUGUGUGUUGUUUGUACUGAAUUUUUUUAUGUAGUGAUCAAGGAAAAAUAACCAAAACAAUGGCUACCACGAUGGAGGCGUCUCAGUCCCUCAUCCAGUCUGAGUCCAGGGUGCACUACCAGGAGGUGGUGACGGAAACGAGGCAAGUGAAGAAGAAGAGCAAGUCCAGGCGGCAUAAGGAUGAGGGAUCCAUAUCUGUGUCGAAGAGUUCAGAGAAGUUGUGCAAGAAGAUGAAAGCGGAUAACGAAAACCCGACCUGUGCAAAAUGUUCCCGGCCCGUGUACGCCAUGGAGCGCAUCAAGGCUGAAAAACGAGCCUGGCACAAGGAGUGCUUCCGUUGUGUGCAGUGCAAUAAGCAACUUACAGUGGAGACGUACCAGAGCGACCACACAACUUUAUAUUGCAAGCCGCAUUUCAAGCACCUGUUUGAACCUAAACCUGUGGACGGCGACGAUGAAAUGGAUGCUGCACCUAAGAAGCAUCAAAUGAUUAUCUGUGAAAGUCAACCGGUUGAGCUGCCACCAGAUGUCGUUAGAGCAUCUGACAAGCCGGACCUAGGUCUCGAAGAGCUGGCCUCGCUGGACGUGAAGUCGAGGUUCGAAGUGUUCGAGCGCAAGGCGAAGGAGGAGGAGCCCGUCACCCUGGAGCCCCGGGCGCCGCGGGAGAAGAGCACCGCUCUCCUCUCUAAGUUGGCCAAAUUCAAAGCGAAGGGUAUGGACAUCGGUGUGUCUGAUGAAUACCUCAACGGAGUCCAGGUGGAGCGCAGCUCGAGCGAAGCGGAAGAUGAAGACGAGGACUCGGUGCUGAAGAAGUCGUACGCGCACAACUCGACGCGCGAGCAGACGUCUCUGUGCGACAUGAGCGAGCUGGUGGGGCGCUUCGAGCGCGGCCCCCCCUCCGCCGCGCGACACCACCAGCGCAAGCAGGAGAUACAGAACAUCCGCAGCCGACUGUUCCUGGGAAAGCAAGCUAAGAUCAAGGAAAUGUACGAGCAGUCGGUGAUGCAGUGCGAACAGGGUGUAACUUCAUCAGACAAGAUAGCUCGGGAGCUGGACCUGGACUGUGAGAAGGCACGAGCUAUCAAACAGCGAUUCGAAAACGGAGAGAUCUUCAAUGAUGAGAAUCAACCUCCGAAGAACAGGGAAGUUGACGAUCCGACACUUUUCAAUGAAGGUAUAGCAAAAAAAUCCCGAUCAAUUUUCUUAGAAUUGGACGCGAAUGCGAAGCACAUGGCGCCUCUGUCUCCGCCGGCUCAAGAGCCGCCCAAGCGGAAAGAAAUCCCAUUUGUACCGAAAGACGUCGUUCGUGCCGGCGACAAGUUGGAAGACGUGAAGAUAGAAACUGCUGAUAUAUCCGAUCGGUUCAAGUUCUUCGAGACUUACAAGCCUGAGACCAAGCGUAAGGAGUUCCGCAUGACGCCGCCGAGACAACCGCAGCGGCCCCGGACGCCGUCGCCCGAGCCCUACCACGAGCCGGGCGUGGUGCGCUGCGACGACGGCGCCGCCGACGCCGGCCUCGCCGCCACCCGCCAGACCGCCUCGCGCAUGAUCUCCGUGUUCCGCCAGAUGGAGGAGCGCCGCGAGCGCCCCGACGACCAGCUCGGCCCCAAGCCGCUGAAGCGCUUCACGCCGCCGCCGGCCGACGAGGCGCGCCGCUCGUCGUCGUCGGAGGGCAGCGACGAGGACGACGACAGCGACUACGAGCGCCCCUACGCGCGCCACGCGGACGAGGCGCUGCAGCAGGCUCAGCAGCUGGCCAGAACUAAGAGCUUCCGCGACCGCUUCGAGCACUGGUCUGAGAGUGAACGAGAAAACGAGCCUCGUCCUCCCUCUGCGUUACUCGAGAGGCAGGCAGAGGAGGACGGAGACUCACAGCUAGAGACUGCUAAGAGUUUGCGCGAGAAAUUCGAAAAUAUGAAGGUGCAGACGACAACUGUCACAAAAACAUUUGCACCCAAAGUGAAUAGAUUCGUGUGACCAUCUAGUGAAAACGUCGAACCGCCUCAAAAUUACCAAAGCAUUACAUUAACACCAUAAAUCUUUUAAGAAUCUUGCCACUAAUAAAUAAGAAUCUCGCCCGGGUUGAGAUCUGACUUUUAUACUUUUGACUAUAUUUAUAAAAGAAAUAUAUACUCAUUUACGUAUUACGUCUUCGUUUUUUGAAUUACUAAUUCUAGCGGUAAUUUUCGUUGAUUCAUCAAUUCAUAGAUAAUUUUAAUUUCUUUUCAUUUUUUUAAAUCUUUCAAAUUAUUCAUAGUUAAGGAUGUCUAGUCUAAAAUAAUGUUAGAUAAAAAAAUAAGUAUUAAUUUCGUGACAUGACAUGACUUUAGGUAUUACAAAAGUUUUGAUAAAAAGAAAAAAUAUAUAUAUUUAUUUACAUUUGUUAUAUGACUGAUAGUUAUUGCAUUUUUGAAACUGGUGCCUUAACGUGCAAUGUGUUUUAAUCGUCUGUGUACUUUUUCAAUAUAUUUAUAAUAAAUAUAUAAAAGUUACAUAGUUUAUAAGGACUUUUUGCAGUAUAAUAAAUAUUUUUUUUAAUUUGAUAUAUUUAAAUGUUGACGCUGAGGCGUUAGUACAUAAGGCAUUAUAUGAAUCUCUUAAAUGUCUAUUUACCCACAUGUUAUAGGAAAUCUUCAAUACUUGACUUCCGUUGUAAUUUUUUGUCAACUAUGAAAUAAAUUAAUUUCACUGUACGAAAAUAUAACUAUCUAUUUCUUUGUAUGGAAUAAAUCUCUUGUAUAAGAUAAGAUUGGAAUCAAUACUAUUGUCACGAUGCAUCGGUGUAAUUGUAUUUUUAUUAUAAUAUAUUCUAAUGUAAAUUCUUGCCAAAUGACUGUUCUUAUUUUGAAUUUUUAUUCUUGACAAUAUGUAUUAUUUAUCUAUGGUUAUCAUUUAUAAGAUUUAAAUAUUAUCAACAAAAAAAACUAACUAACUUUGUUUUUAAUAUAUUCUGUUUCAUAAUUUAUUUGCUUGUAUUUUAAAGUAAAGUAAUUAAAAUUCAUAUAUUUAUUUUGUAUCUUAUGUGCCAUUGCCGAGGUCCAUUAUCGCACAAUUAAAAAGAAGUGUUUUUUUUUUUAUUUUAUAGUAUUUUAUGUUAACAUUACAAUUGUAAUUACUCAUUAGUCUAGAAUUUUAUUUAUGUGACAAUAAUUAAUAUAACUUUAUUGCAUGUUCAUUGUAAUCAAAACAUUUUAUGGUAUUCUUAGUAAGUUUAUAUUUGACUGAAUAACUUUUUCAUAUUGUUUGUACUUAAAUACUGUUGUGUCGGUGUUUUUUUUUUAAAUAUAUUACAAAAACUGCGAUAUUUAUAAGGAAUAAUAAUAAAGAAAAUUAUUUAAA